AUGAAGGCCAUCCACAUCGACAGAUUCGUCUCUAACGUGACAGACCUCAAACCUUCCACCAUCCCAAAUCCAUUCUCAAAAUCGUCGCAAGAUAUUCACAUCAAAAUCACCCACGCAGCCGUAACACACGUCGACCUCCUCUACGCCCAAGGCCUGCACCAAAACAACCGUAGACACGUCCAACCGCCCUUCAUCCUAGGCACAGAAUACGCCGGCAUAACAACCCAUAGCCCCCCUUCCUCUUCUUUCCCGCCCGGCACCCGCGUCUUCGGCGGCGGCCUAGGCACCUACGCAGAGCAAAUAUGCGUCUCUGAGCCAUCCAUCCGCCGCGUCCCCUCACAAUGGACCAACGCUGAAGCCUGCGCCGUUGGCGCAAGCGGUGCUCGGUUUGGAGAAGAUGGGAGAAGAGAUCCGCAACGGACUCAAGAUGUGUGGGACGGGUUCAUGAAGUUGGUUGAGGAUGGUAAGAUUCGGCCUGUCAUAUACAAGGAGGAUUACUGGGGGUUGGAGGCGGUUAGUAGAGCGCUGGAGGAUGUGAGGGAGCGGAAAGCUUGGGGAAGGGCUGUGAUAAGGGUAUGCGAAGUAGAAGAGGAUAAGACGGAGCAGAAGGCAAGGUUAUGA